AUGCCUGUUCACAACUAUAGCACCAUGUCUGAAUUUAUCCUCUUUGGCUUUUCAGCCUUACCUCCACGGCUCUUGCCAAUUCUUUUCCUAUUGUACCUGCUUAUGUACCUGUUCACGCUGCUGGGGAACCUCCUCAUCAUGGCUACCGUCUGGACUGAACACAGACUCCACACACCCAUGUAUCUAUUUUUGUGUGCCCUCUCCAUCUCUGAGAUUCUGUUCACUGUUGCCAUCACCCCUCACAUGUUGGUUGACCUGCUUUCCACUAAUCAUUCCAUCACUUUUGUGGCCUGUGCCAACCAGAUGUUCUUCUCUUUCACGUUUGGCUUCACCCACUCCUUCUUGCUCAUGAUCAUGGGCUAUGACCGCUAUGUGGCCAUCUGCCACCCUCUUCGCUACAAUGUGCUCAUGAGCCCCCGUGGCUGUGGCCGUCUGGUGGCCUGGACUUGGGCUUGUGGCUCAUUCAUGGGGAUGAUGGUGACAGUGAUAGUAUUCCACCUCACCUUCUGUGGGUCUAAUGUCAUCCACCAUUUUUUCUGCCAUGUGCUUUCCCUUUUGAAGUUGGCCUGUGGAGAUAAAAUAUUCUCUGUCACUUUGGGUGUGAUCCUGGUAUGUGUCACAGCACUCAUAGGCUGUUUAUUCCUCAUCAUCCUCUCCUAUAUUUUCAUCGUGGCCACCAUCUUGAAGAUCCCCUCUGCUGAGGGCCGGCACAAGACCUUUUCCACAUGUGUAUCCCACCUCACUGUGGUGGUUGUGCACUAUAGUUUUGCCUCCAUCAUCUACCUUAAGCCCAAAGGCCCCCAUUCUGUAAACAGUGAUGCCUUAUUGGCCACCACCUAUACAGUGUUCACCCCCUUCCUUAGUCCAAUCAUUUUCAGUUUCAGAAAUAAGGAGCUGAAGAAUGCCAUAAGUAGAAGCCUCCGUAGAAAAUGUUAUCUAUUAAGGUCCUGA